GUUCGUUCGUGCUCAAGUUCAAUGCCCAUUGUUGCAAGCUUCUGAAGUUCAGCAUUUGCUAUAUUCCCAUCAUCGCACUCCAGACAUGGCGGUAUCUGCGAGAGCCUCUCGCGCUCUGUUAUUCAUGCGCCAUUGCCGACGCUCAUCGCUGCUCCCAAGCACAAGCCGCCAUUCUUCCUCCCAUGCCGCUUCUUCCUCUUCGUCGCCGUACGCACCCUCGAACUUCACACGCCAGGCACCAUCACCGCCAGCGGCAUCAUCGUCCAAGCCGGACACGUCCUACGAUACCUUCCCAUCUUCCUCCUCAUCCUCCGUCCUCUCUUCUCUCCCGUCUCCGCGACCGUUCUAUGCACACCCGAAAUCCCGCUCCCCGGCACCGCCGCCUGUCGAAAUCCCAGGCACCCGACUGACGCCGUACACAUGGUUCCUCUCGCUGCUGGGCAUUGCGCCCAAGCCGUCCGCGUCGUACACGCCCGCACCCUUCCGCGUGACCAACAACCCGUACCGCGCGCGCAAGAAGUGGCCGCCGGACUUCCGCAACCUCGACCCCAAGCAGCAGUUCCACUUCGAGAAGACGUACCGGAGGAGGGCCGCAUUGAAGUGGGCGCGGCCCAGGUGGAACAAGGCCAUCAAGUUGCUACAGCAGACCUUGAUCACGGCGACGAUCAUCUAUUUUGUCUUCAUCUGCGAACCCAGCCAUGGCAUGGGCACACCGUUCGACGGGUUUCGUAUAUGGUUCUUCGAUAAGUUGGGGAAUUUGGGUCAGUUGCCUGAAUCUACAAGAGAGGAGGCAGAUAAGUUGAGCGAGGAAGCGAAGAAAAGGAUGAAGCCCUCUGUUGAGACCUCUCCUACGACCGCCACAUCUUAAAUGAAAGUAGGAUCAAGCCAUCCAUGCUUUCCACGUAUUUAUAUACCAGAUUUUCGUAUAGCACAAGACACCACCGAUUUCCUGAAAUACGAUCUCUC